AUGAAGGGAAUGGUGUCUUUGACCAGCGUACUGAGCGGCGUUGUUUUGAAACAUUUAGCAGUCGAGAUACGACGUUGGAAAGUAGAAGAGCUCCAGGCGACCGCAUUCGACCUCGUACGAAAAGCCUGUCCUGAGAGACUGAAGAUCUUGGUCCCGCUUGAGGGAGAGCUUGGGCUCGAAAACAUCGGCCUCUCCGAAGCCCAGGUCAAGAACUUGGAAGACAACGUCUCCAUCAUCUUCAACUUCGCCGCCUCUUUGAAACUGGAAGAUCCGCUCAAGACACUGGUCACAAUCAAUACUCUCGCCACGCUCAAACUACUCGAGAUGGCCUGCAAGUUCAAGAAACUGAAGGUAUAA